AUGUCCGACGUACCACCAACCGAGUCCAUUCCCAAACCAGAGGAACCUAAAGCACCAGCCCCUGCACCUCAGUUCCAGCAAGUACCUCCGAAUUACUACCAAUUUCCACCUCAAGGUUACUACCCACCCCAGCAAUUCCAAUUCCAAUCUCAGUCCAAGAGAGACCAAGACUUCGAAGAAGGUCUGAACCGUUUACGCAAAGAGUAUGCUACAGCUCCAAUUGAGAGAAAGUUGUUCCCGGACCAAAAAAUAAUGUUUAGGGUAGAUGGUUAG